CGAAUGCAUCGCUGAGUGGCGAGCGCACCGCACGUGGAGAAAUAUUGCCCAAAAUAAAGCACUAGCGGAAAAAUAAAAUACAGCGCAUAAUACCAUAGAAUUAGCUAACAAAAAAUGGACAUGGAAAACAUACAAGUGGACGCAUUUGUGCCGGCGAAAAAGGCGCAAAAGCGCAGCGCCGUUGUCGACGCGCAGGACUCCAACGAAAUGCAGGUGGAUGCGGCGACAGGAAUCGAGGGAAUUCAACGUGCCAGCAGCGGACAAGCGGCGCCGCCACGAGCCAAACGGAUACGCAGCGAGUUGCGCAAGGUGUCUGUGCCACCUCACCGUUACUCAUCGCUCAAGGAUCAAUGGAUGAAGAUCUUCACGCCUGUCGUGGAGCAUAUGAAGCUGCAGAUCCGUUUCAACAUGAAAGCACGCCAGGUCGAGUUGCGCAUCGGGCCGGAGACGCCGGAUAUUUCAAAUCUGCAGCGGGGCGCCGAUUUUGUGAAGGCAUUCCUUUGCGGCUUCGAAGUGGAUGAUGCACUGGCACUGCUGCGUCUCGAGGAUCUAUUCAUCGAGACGUUCGAAAUCAAGGAUGUGAAGACGCUGCGCGGCGAUCAUCAGUCGCGUGCGAUUGGACGACUCGCCGGCAAAGGUGGUCGCACCAAGUUCACAAUCGAGAACGUAACAAAGACGCGCAUUGUGCUCGCCGACAGCAAGAUUCACAUCCUGGGCAGCUAUCAGAAUAUCCAGCUUGCCCGUCGCGCCAUCUGCAACCUGAUCCUUGGCUCGCCACCCAGCAAAGUCUAUGGCAAUUUGCGGUCCGUUGCGACGCGCCUCUCGGAGCGCAUGUAACGGACUGUGAUCGCCUUGGGCGGGCUCUUAACUUAAGAUAUAUUUUUUUCGCUUCGAUGUAAUGAAUAAUUAUAAAUAAAUAUAUGUAAAUUUAACAA